AUGUUUUUGCAACGAGGUUCGCGCGCGGUCAGGACGCAAUGGCACGUCUCCAAGAGCAUGGCCCGACUGGCUGCCGCGAGGGCCGCCGGCGUCUACCCCUCGAGGCGGUUUCACGACACGGCGCACCUGAGGGUGGUGAAGCCCGUUCUGCUGGCGGAUAUCGGUGAAGGCAUCGUGGAGUGCGAGAUCAUACAGUGGUUCGUCGAGCCCGGCGCCAGAGUCGAGGAGUUCUCGCCGCUGUGCGAGGUCCAGAGCGACAAGGCCUCGGUGGAGAUCACCAGCCGCUUCUCGGGCGUCGUCAAGAAGCUGCACUACGACGCCGGCGACAUGGCAAAGGUCGGCAAGCCCUUUGUCGACAUCGACAUACAAGGCGGGGCCAAGCAGGAAGACCUAGACGCGCUCACGGCACCCACGGAGCCGGCGGGGGAGAAGAAGCCCGCCGCGUCGGAGCCUCCAAAACAGCAGAACCAGGGGACAACACAAUCACAGCAACCAGCGGAAGAGACACGGACAGAGGCGGCGGCUGGGACAGGAGAAGCAGCACCGCGGCCGCCAAAGGGGAAACACGCCGCGCUAGCCACGCCCGCCGUGCGCCACCUCUCCAAGACGUUAAACGUCGACAUCGCCGACAUCGACGGCACGGGGCGGGACGGCAGGGUCCUGAAGGAAGACAUCCAGAACUUCGUCAAGCGCCGCGAGUCCGGGGAGGGGACCCAGAAACAAGCGGGUCAGGCCCCGGCGGGCGAACCCACCAGCCCCGCCCCGUCCUCCGCGUCCGGACCCCAGGUCGAGACCCGCGUCCCGCUCACCGUCACCCAGCAGCAAAUGUUCAAAUCAAUGACCCGCUCCCUCAACAUCCCGCACUUCCUCUACGCCGACGAGGUCGACUUCUCCAGCCUCGUCCAGCUGCGCACCCGCCUCAACCGCGUCCUCACCUCCGCCCCGGAGCUCGGCGGCGGCGCCGACGGCGUCGCGAAGCUCUCCUACCUUCCCUUCAUCAUCAAGGCCGUCUCCAUGGCCCUCUACCAGCACCCCAUCCUCAACGCCCGCGUCGACCUCGACCCCUCGUCGCCGGCCUCGAAACCCGCCCUGGUGAUGCGCAGCCAGCACAACAUCGGCGUCGCCAUGGACACGCCCUCGGGCCUGCUCGUCCCCGUGAUCCGCAACGUCGGCGGCCUGAACAUCCUCUCCAUCGCCAAGGAGCUCACGCGCCUGCAGAAGGCGGCCUUCGCCGGCAAGCUGACGCCGCAGGACCUGGGCGGGGGCACCAUCACGGUGUCCAACAUCGGCAACAUCGGCGGGACGUACCUGUCGCCGGUGAUCGUGGACAAGGAGGUGGCCAUCCUCGGCAUCGGGCGCAUGCGCGCGGUGCCGGCCUUCGAGUCGGAGGGUUCGGACCGCGUCGUCCGGAAGCACGUCACCAACUUCAGCUGGAGCGCGGACCACCGCGUCGUCGACGGCGCGACCAUGGCGCGGGCCGCCGAGGUUGUAAGGAGGGUGGUCGAGGAGCCCGACGUCAUGGUCAUGCACCUCAGGUGA